AUGGAGGCACCACCCGCCACGGCCACGGGCGACCUCAUCCCGGGCCUGCCGGAGGACAUGGCACGGGAGUGCCUGCUGCGCGUGGGGUUCCAGCACCUCCCCACGGCGCGCCGCGUCUCGCGCGGGUGGAAGGCGGAGCUCGAGUCGCCGUCCCACCACCGCUCCCGCCGACGCCGCGCGCUCCUCGCGCUCGCGCAGGCGCAGCCCCCGCUCGCCGGCUCCGGCCCGGCCCGCAAGUACGCCGCAUCCAGCGCCGGAUACUCCUUCCGCCUCGUGCUCCAUGACCCGGCAGCCGGCUCGUGGGCGCCGCUGCCUGCUCCCCCCGGCGCGCAUGGGCACGACCACGGCGGCCGCCUCCCGCUGUUCUGCCAGCUCGCCGCGGCCGGCGAGGGCGGCCCGGCGGCGAAGCUGCUGGUGCUGGGCGGGUGGGACCCGGAGACGUGGGCGCCGACGGCCGCGGUGCACGUCUACGACUUCCUCUCCGGCGUGUGGCGGCGCGGCGCGGACAUGCCGCCGCCACGCCGGUCCUUCUUCGCGUGCGCGGCGGUCGGCGCCAACGUGUUCAUCGCGGGGGGACACGACGAGGAGAAGAACGCGCUGCGGUCGGCGGUCGCGUACGACGCCGAGGCCGACAAGUGGACGCCGCUCCCGGACAUGGCGCGGGAGCGGGACGAGCCCAGGGGCGUCUGUGUGGGCGGGAGGUUCGUGGUGGUCGGCGGGUACCCGACGGAGGCGCAGGGCCGGUUCGCCGGCUCCGCGGAGGCGUUCGACCCGGUCACGUGGUCGUGGGGCCCCGUGCAGGAACGGGUGAUCGAGGAUGGCGCGUGCCCGAGGACUUGUUGCGCCGCGCCGGCCGCCGCGGGGAGCAGGAUGUACAUGCUCCGCGACGGAUGCAUCAUGGCGCGGGACGCCGAGGGCGGCGGCAGGUGGCGAAUGUUGGCGCGCCUGCCGGAGGACGGGCGCGCGGCGACAACGGUCGCGUCCAUCGGGGACGGCCGUGUGGUCGUGCUCGGCGCUGAGCACACAGUGUACGUCCUGAGUCACAACCAGACGACGCCGUCGUGGACGCGCGUCGCCGCGCCGCCGGAGUUCGCCGGACAUGUGCAGGCGGCAUGCUGUGUACAAAUAUAG